GAAGGAACAGAAAGGAAGAAUAAGAAGAACAUAUCUGAUAUCUCUUCUUCCCAUACUUCCAAACCUCAAUAAUUGUCUCUCGGUUUCUUCCAAACUCAUCCACCCAGGCCUCCAAAUCUUCACCCGCCGAAUCGGAUUACAGUACGUCCUUGGCUUAAUUGUAUGCACAAAAUGGGAACAGACGAUGGCAGAGGCACCCUGCCCGAUCACCACUCCGACACGGAGAGCGUCGGAAGCGAACGCUCCUCCGCCUACAGUGGUCCUCUCAACAAACGAGGCCGAAAGAGCGCUCGCUUCAACCUACCUGAAUCUACUGCCAGAACCAUCUCCGGGGUCGGCCGCACCAGUAGCAACAGCAUCAAUGCUGCGCCCGAUGAUGACGCCUACGUCGAGAUCACCCUCGACGUCCGCGACGAUUCCGUCGCUGUUCACAGCGUCAAACCCGCCGGCGGUGCAGAUGCCGAAGAUCCCGAGCUCACUCUCCUGGCAAAGAACCUCGAGAAGAGGUCCUCCUUUGGUUCGUCCGUCAUGCGGAGUGCUUCCUCGAGGAUCAAGCAGGUCUCACAGGAGCUGAAGCGGCUUGCUUCGUUGACGAAACGGCCAUCCUCGACUCGGUUCGACAGGACGAAAUCUGCCGCUGCUCAUGCCUUGAAGGGGCUCAAGUUCAUCAGUAGCAAGACUGACGGCACAGCUGGUUGGGUCGCUGUUGAGAAGCGAUUCAAUGACCUCACAGCUUCCACUAAUGGGGUUCUCCCUCGAACCCUCUUCGGGGAGUGCAUAGGAAUGAACAAGGAAUCGAAGGAGUUUGCUGGUGAGCUCUUCGAUGCGCUGGCCCGGAGGAGGGGCAUCACAGGAGAUUCGAUUACCAGGGACGAACUCAAGGAGUUCUGGGAGCAGAUCUCUGAUCAGAGCUUUGAUUCCAGGCUGCAGACUUUCUUCGACAUGGUGGACAAAGAUGCCGAUGGCAGAAUAACUGAAGAAGAAGUCAGAGAGAUUAUCAGUCUCAGCGCUUCUGCAAACAAGCUAUCUACCAUACAGAAACAGGCCCAAGAAUAUGCUGCAUUGAUUAUGGAAGAGUUGGACCCAGACAAUCAUGGUUACAUAAUGAUUCACAAUUUGGAGAUGCUACUGUUGCAAGCUCCCAACCAGUCGGUAAGGGGAGGAGAGAGUCGGAACCUGAGUCAAAUGCUGAGCCAGAAACUUAAGCCCACCCAAGACAGCAACCCACUGAGAAGAUGGUCCCGAAAGAUUAGUUACUUGUUGUUGGACAAUUGGCAAAGGGUUUGGGUACUGGCGCUGUGGCUGGGCAUAGUGUCGGGGCUAUUCGCCUACAAGUUCGUGCAGUACCGGAACAAAGCGGCCUAUGAAGUUAUGGGCAACUGUGUUUGCAUGGCUAAAGGUGCAGCUGAGACGCUCAAGUUCAACAUGGCACUCAUACUGCUACCGGUCUGCCGGAAUACCAUUACCUGGCUGAGGAACAAGACCAAAUUAGGAGUCGUAGUGCCUUUCGACGAUAAUCUAAAUUUCCAUAAGGUAGUUGCGGUGGGAAUUGCAGUGGGUGUUGGAAUACACGCGGGGGCUCACCUAGCGUGCGAUUUCCCAAGGCUUAUGUCUGCAAGUGAAGAAAAAUAUGAGCUAAUGGAGCCAUACUUUGGGGAGGAGCAGCCAUCCAGCUAUUGGUGGUUUGUGAAAGGAGUGGAAGGGGUAACUGGGAUCAUAAUGGUGGUGUUAAUGGCAAUAGCAUUCACACUAGCCACCCCUUGGUUCAGGAAAGGCAGGCUCAACCUCCCCAAACCCUUGAAGAAGCUAACCGGUUUCAAUGCCUUCUGGUAUUCGCACCAUCUGUUCGUCAUUGUUUACGCUCUCCUCAUAGUCCAUGGCAUGAAACUCUAUCUCACCAAGGAAUGGGAGAAGAAAACGACAUGGAUGUAUUUGGCGGUUCCAGUGAUCCUCUAUGUUUGUGAAAGGUUGAUCAGAGCAUUCAGAUCAAGCAUCAAGCCUGUUAAAAUCCUAAAGGUUGCUGUUUAUCCUGGAAAUGUUCUGGCGUUGCACAUGUCCAGGCCUCAGGGUUUCAAAUACAAGAGUGGGCAAUACAUGUUUGUCAACUGUGCUGCAGUUUCACCCUUUGAAUGGCAUCCAUUUUCUAUAACAUCGGCUCCCGGAGAUGACUACCUGAGCGUUCACAUUCGAACUCUUGGCGACUGGACACGGCAGCUCAAAACAGUUUUCUCUCAAGUGUGUCAGCCACCAACCGGGGAUAAGAGCGGCCUUCUCCGGGCCGAUCACAUGCAAGGAGGGAACGCGCCAAAUUUCCCGAGGGUACUGAUCGAUGGGCCAUACGGGGCACCAGCGCAAGAUUAUAAGAAAUACGAAGUGGUGCUGCUGGUAGGACUGGGCAUUGGGGCAACGCCUAUGAUCAGCAUAGUGAAAGACAUCGUAAACAACAUGAAGGCUAUGGAAGAAGAGGAGUCAGCAUUGGAGGCCGCUACCCAUAAUCCAAAUAAGAAGAACAGUAAAGCUAGUUUUAAGACGACUAGGGCCUACUUCUACUGGGUCACCAGGGAGCAGGGUUCAUUCGACUGGUUCAAAGGGGUGAUGAACGAGGUAGCGGAGAUGGACCAAAAGGGAGUCAUCGAGCUGCACAACUACUGCACCAGCGUCUAUGAAGAAGGCGACGCCAGGUCCGCCCUCAUCGCCAUGCUUCAGUCCCUUAAUCACGCCAAGAAUGGGGUCGAUGUGGUGUCUGGUACCCGUGUCAAGUCCCACUUUGCCAAGCCUAACUGGCGUAAUGUCUACAAGCGCAUCGCCCUCAACCACCAAAAUGCUCGAGUUGGAGUUUUCUACUGUGGAGCACCAGCACCAACGAAGGAGCUUCGGCAGUUGGCCUCCGACUUUUCUCACAAAACGUCCACCAAGUUCGAUUUUCAUAAAGAGAACUUCUGACUUCAACGCAUCCCAAUAAAAUGUCUCCUCCUCCUCCUCCUCCUCCUCCUCCUUGUGUAGUGUGUACAUGCUCUCGCCGCUUUCUUUGACGUUUAUUUUAUUUUUAUUUAUAUUUGAACGUGUUCAUGCAAGCCAGUGAUGGUGGAAGUUCUAGGACCACC